UUGACCUCUUGAUUUUAUUUCAAUUAAUAAAAUUUCAAGACUGGUCACUGUCCACGCCAAAAAGUACCAUUUAUGAUCGAAAUCACGUAAAAUGAGAAUACAUCCACGUAUCCUGUCGACGGCAGCGGCUAUAGCGGUAACUUGCGUUGUGUCUGCUGCGGCUUACUUCUUCAAAAGCCGCCGCAGCAGUGAAUUAAACGAAGUGAUGAUAUUUUGCAAGUUGCAAUUCAACGCGUACAACUACUUCGACAAACUGAUAAGCUAUGUGGAAGCUGCUAAGCGGAGCGUCAACGUAUGUAUGCCGGGUAUUCACAAUCCAGCUAUUCAAGGACGGUUGGUUAGCCUAAUCAAAAAGAAGAAUAUCAAAGCCCGUAUUUUGAUUGACCCGUCUGGAUACAACGAAUCCACAGAGUUCUUCAUGAAAGAACUUGCAGAAGCCGGCGCCGAAAUCAAGUGCAUAGUAAAUGAGCCAAUAAGGAGAAUGCAUCAUAAGUUCUGCUUGAUCGAUGAUAACGUACUCAUGGCGGGCACUCUCAACUGGGGUGACGACCGCUCCUCGGAUCACUGGAAUUACGUGUAUGUCACCAGUAAACUAGAGCUCGUGGAACCAGUGAAGAACGGGUUUUAUCAAAUGUGGAACGACUUCUCAAUGGAUGCAGCUCAUGUAGCUUCUGUAGAAGCUUCAGAAGACAACCUCGAAGACAGUGGUACCACUGCAGAAGUCGAAUACAAAAGCCCAAAUGUCAGCAUAUCCGAAAAUAAACAGAAAAAUCCAACACCAGAGUUGGUCUUAGUUUAGUUUUAAAUUAUUUAUUCAGUAUUUAAUGAAAUCACAAAUGUUUCUAAUUUCAAAACAUGCCCAGUUACAUUAUUUAUUAACAAUAUUUUAUGGCAGAGACUUAUUUAUUUAAAAGGAAUAAUUAUAGACUAAAUUAAUUUUAUAAUUUAAUUCAAUUGUAAUAAUAAGAGAAUAAUAAUUAUAAUGGUGAGCUUCACCUUUAAUUUUAUCUAGUUCUAAAUUUCAGAUUUUCACAAUGAAACUGCUUUUUGAAGAAAAGUGUUUCUUCAUUCUUUUUUUUCUACAAUCAUACUAUUCUCAGUAAUCUAUCUUGUAUACACUUGUUUUCAUGAUAAAUCACUCUUACUUAUCAACUGUUUUAUGAUUUUAUUUAUAUUAUGUUAAUUUGCAUUUAAAAAUUAAUAAAAUAAUUUCUAGCACAAAACUUUUUGGAAUUUUCUACUAUCCUGA